AUGGAUCCGAACAAUGGCGAUACUGAUGUUCUAUUUUCAUUUGGCCUUAUCACUGACAUCCAGUAUGCAGAUAUUUGUGAUCGACCAAACUCUGCAAAGACGAGGUGGCGUAGAUACCGAAACGCUCUGUGUUGUCUGAAAGAAGCCGUAGAACAUUGGAAGAGACCAAACAAUUCUCCCUCAUUCAUCGUACAACUGGGAGACAUUAUCGAUGGCUUUAACGCAGAUCUAAUCGAUGCAAAUAAUGGCGAGAGUAACUUCUCUCAAGAAGCUUUGGAUGCAGUGAUGAAAGAAUUUUCUGAACUUCCACAAGAAAUUCCCGUGUUUCACAACUUAGGAAAUCACGAACUGUACAAUUUUACUCGCGAGGAACUUUCAAGAUCUAUUCUGCACCCUUCCAACAGCUGUGAAAGUGCUGCAUAUUUGAGAAAGCAUCAAAGCCUGCCUGCUUUAAGCGAGGAGGAGACGAAACCAUUUUACUUCUCGUUUGUACCUCAUCCCAAAUUUUGUUUCGUGUACUUGGAUAGCUACGACGUAAGCCUCCACGGUGUAGACGAAGGUAGUCCUAGGUAUAAAGAAGCUCUGGCAACGGUGCGUAAGUACAACAAGAAUGACGACUUCGAAAGUGCCGAUGGUCUUCACGGCUUAAACAGACGUUUCGUUGAGUACAAUGGUGCAAUUGGCCCUGUCCAACUUCAGUGGCUGCAGGCAGUCCUUGAAGAAGCUCAAGAAAAUGGUCAAAAAGCUGUUAUUUUCAGCCAUGUCCCAAUCUCUCCAGGAAACAGGCCUCGACGUGGUACAAUAGAUCUGCUUUGGAACUACCAAGAUGUAUUAAAGGUGCUCUGGCAGUCUGGAUGUGUGGUUGCCUGUUUCCAUGGUCACACUCAUUAUGAUGAUUAUUUCAUGGACAAACAUGGUAUCCAUCACUUGACUUUUGAUGGUGUUAUUACAGCACCUCUUGAUUCCAAUGCAUUUGCCACACUGCAUGUUAACAAUGAUGCUAUUAUUAUUGAAGGUUUUGGUGUCAUAGAAAGUCGAGUAUUGAAGUUUUUUCACUAACAUACUUUGUGAAAAACUUGGUGACAAAUUUUAAAGGUUUUGGUGUCAAAUAGAAGGUCAAAUGUUGAAAUUCAAUUGCUAACCUACUUUGUAAAUUUCUUUGUGUCAAAUUUAAAGGUUUGAAUUUUAAAAUUAUGGUAGUGAGAAAGCUUGUGCAAAGAAAAAGGAGUUAUUAAAGGGGGUAUGUUGAAAUCCUGUUAGCAAAUUGUACGGCUUAGGCAGGCAGAACGUGAUACAUUUCAGUUUUUUAUUGAUACCAUUUUGCAUGUUAUGGAAAAAAAGUGCUAUUCAAAAAAUUGAUCUCAGUUAUGAUAAUUUCCAGUAAAAAAAUGAUGGUAAUUGUUGGGUCACUUUUCUUUAACAAGUACAUGUUUUAACAGAUCUGAACUGAUCUACCCAUAUCAAGUAAUAUUUAAUUGGCUAUCAAUGUGAUGCUUCAUCAAGAUGCUGCUGUUUGUAAAAUGGGGUUGAUGUAUAUUUUGCUGCACUGCGGACAGUUCCUGGAAUAAUAUAGAAUUACUUGAUAGAGCAGGCUGUUUUCAGUGGAGUGGGAGGAAGAUUUUACUUUUACAUGGGUCUUGAAGACUCAUGCUGUUCUGGAGGUAAAUUGUUCUUGCACAUCCCUAGUUGUCUCAGACAUAAUACUUCUAGUGUGUUGGAUACAUGUACAUAUUUGUAAAUGUAUGGCAUUAGCUAUUGAUAUGGUACUCCCUUGAUUGCUAGUCUCUGUUAUUGCUUUCUCUAAUAAAAAAUGCUUUAAAUAAUAAAGAAAAUGCCAUAUCCCUCCUCAUCCAAAGGUUAGGGAAAAUUCAUAGGGCAAAAGGGGUUUUUGAAUAAGUGGAACAGUCUCUAAGGGUAUGGGCAAUGCUAAAUUGGUACUAAUUUGAAGCAGAUUAGAGAUGGAGAUAACCAAAACCCUUUUAGACAUUUUCUCAGCACAACCUACUGUGUGCUUAGUCAGCAAAGUUACUCUUACUGGUAUUUGUCUUCUUAUGUAAGGUUGUGAUGUCUGAAAUAUCUUUUGAGCAAAAAAAAUCAAAAUAUUUGGGCUGCGAAUUAUUGGUUGAAUCUCUAAUCUUUUAGUUCUGUGUUAUUUUUUAAACAUAUUCCAUAGGCAAUAACUUGGUUAAUGGUGUACAUUAAUGUACAUAAAAGAAUUAAAAAAAAUUAAUUAAAACUGGAUUAGAGAACACUUUAAUAAAGUGGAAUUUUGUUGUAGUGGUGAUAAUAAGGUGAGAACAUUACAGAGCGCUAUUUCCUCUAUACUAUAUUCCACACCAUAUUGUUUAUAUUAAUUAAUUUAGUUAUGGAAUCCAAUGUGUUAAUAAGAAUGUUACCCAUGUUUACAUUUCAACUGCAUUUCUAAAGACUCUUUAUGUCUCUAAGCUGUACAUAAAUGGCGACAGUCACCUGUAGUGAGCUGAGACAGUUGGGAAAAAUGGUCAGAGAAAUUCAUUACUUUCUUAGGUACUAUUGAAUGUGUAAAUAAUUUACAAAUGCCAAGUUGUAGAGAAUGAGGUGUAAAGAUUUCUGUUACCUUAUAUUAGCAAGGAUCUAAUGAUGUUUUACGCACAAUUUAGUGCUUAACACAAAUCAGUGGAACUAAUGUAUUAAAUUUUUAGUUCAUAGAAAAGUGAAGGGGAAAUUACUUUAAUACACAGACUUGUAUUAUAUAACUGAAUUCUUGCAGUCUUUCAUGUCUGUUACCAAAAUUAUCAAAAUGUGUGCUGUUUUAGAAUCUACAGUUUUAAUUACUUGUACUUCUUUCACCCACUUUGGUACAUUAUUUAUUGUUGAAGAAAUUGCAAUUAUGAGCAAUUUUUGGUUGUGUCCUCAUGUACCGGUACACAAAGGAAGGAAACAUUAACGAACUGCGUCAUAACUCCAUGUAUGGUUAUGAAAACAAAAGGAAUUCCCUCGUGUACCGGUACACCAGGACAGCCCCCAAUUUUUGAAAACAGCAUUGGAAUUAUUCUCAAUUAUUUACUAAUCCAUUAUUUAUUAAGCUGGUCAAGAUAAUAAGUCUAACUCUUAUGGUGGAUAUUUAUGUUAUUUCUUAAAUCAUUUUAAAAGCAGUGUUAAAAAUUAAAACAAGAGUUAAUUCAUGACGUCUGUUUUUAUUUGUGUUGACCCUCAUCACGUGUCAGCAAGUGUUACCUACUGGUCAGCUGGUUUGGUUUGCUUCCAUUGGUACUCAGACCUCCCCCAGUAAGACUGGAGCGAAAUUGAAAAUGCUAACGAAGCAUUUGUGAUGCAACUGUUGAAAAAAUUAUGGUAGAGAUGCAGAAAAAUUUUGCCAUGAUGAGGUGCGAGGGCAGUAGGGAAAGCGAUGUCUUGUUUUCAUUUGGUUUGAUCACAGACAUCCAGUACGCAGACAUUUGCGAUCGACAGAACUACCAGAAAACAAAAUGGCGACGAUACCGAAACGCUCUUACUUGCCUUCGAAGAGCUAUUUCUCAUUGGAAAGAUGCAAAGAGUUCUCCAGCCUUCAUAGUGCAACUGGGAGAUAUCAUUGACGGCUUUAAUGCAAAUCUAAUCGACACUAAUGACAGCGGAAGAAACCUCUCUAAAGAAGCUCUCGAAGCCGUGAUGAUCGAGUUCUCCAAACUUCCGGAUGGUGUACCCGUUUUUCACAAUAUGGGAAAUCAUGAACUCUACAAUUUCUCUCGCCAAGAACUUGAACGAUCUGUUCUUCAUCCUUCAAACAACCGUCACACCGCAGCAUUUCUAAACAGCGAUGAAAGAGCUUCAUUUGUGAGGCUGGAAACGAAACCAUUUUAUUUCUCGUUUACACCUCAUCCAAAAUUUUGUUUCGUUUACCUGGAUAGUUACGACAUAAGCCUUCUUGGCGUUGACGAAAGCAGCUGCCAGUAUAAAGAAGCUCGUGAAAUAAUCCAAAGACAUAAUAAAAAUGAUGAUCUGGACAGUCCUAUUGGUCUCUCUGGCUUAGAGCGACGGUUUGUGAGGUUUAAUGGUGCGAUCAGCACAGAACAACUAUCGUGGCUCGAAGCUACUCUGAAAACUGCCGAAGAACAUGGCCAAAAGGCUGUGGUAUUCAGCCAUGUCCCUAUCUACCCUGGAUUCACAGACACCAUGACAAUAAUGUGGAACUACCAAGAUGUUCUGGAAGUGUUGUGGCAAUUUCCUUGUGUGGUUGCAUGUUUUCAUGGCCACACACAUCAAUACAGUUAUGCAGUUGAUGAAAAGGGUAUUCACCAUUAUAUUUUUGAUGCUAUUGUGGAAGCUCCUUUAGAUUCCAAUGCAUUUGCAACCCUCCAUGUCAAAGAUGAUUCCAUUGACAUUGAGGGCUUUGGAAUUAUAGCAGAUCAGGUGUUGAAAUUUUCUCACUAG